GAUAUCUUUACAUUUUGGAAUCAAAUCGAUGUAAAUUUUGUAAGAUUUCAUUUAUACCUUUGACAACGUAUCAAAUGCUCGUAGCGUAACAUGAAAUGGAGAGAAGAUGGAGUUUAUGCAUUCUUUUGACUUUUGUGUCAGAGUCUCUUUAUGUCGAUGCAAACUGCGCUGAUGAAAAUGUUACUGGUCUUAAUGGCUUGGAUUUAAGAAGUCCUCAUCUAUCUUGGAAUGGACAGAAUGAGCCAAAAAUAAAUGAUCUUGAUAUUGCGGAAGGCUGGUUUCACACAAAAUUUAAUGGUUGGUCGUACAGGAUGACAGACUCGACGAAUAAACCAAACUACACUAACUGCAAUACCUACUGGCCAAUCUACUUAAAUGGUUCGCAUCCGGCUCUAAGUAAUUUGGUACAUGACACGCCCACUGGCGAGAUGACUGCGUGCUUACGUGAUUAUCUGUAUGAGUGCGAAAUCAGCUAUAAAAUUAAAAUCCGGAAAUGCAAUGAUGUUUUGCACUAUUAUCUAAAACCAACUAAAGGCUUUUCUGGCUAUUGUUUCGAGGAACAAAAAAAGAUCGGUGAUCCAGUACCCGCACCAACAAAUGCUAAACUUGGGACGAUAGAAGUCAUACCAGAGCUGCGUUUUACCAAAAGAGGCGAAGAGUAUAUUCCUCACAUAGAAUUCCGUUGUAAUUUUACAACUCAGGCUGAAUAUUUCUAUACGGUCAACUGGUAUGCAGGAGGAAAAGAGUUUACACCAAGAGGACCUUCAAGGGUUAUGGAUGAUCUCACUCUGAAGGAAAACACACUGAUUAACAAUGGUCUUGGCUUAGGAAUUACAGUAAGCUGUAGUGUUAGUGUGUCUAGCGUUGUGGAUGGGUUAAGGACACCUAUGAAUGCAAGUGCGGAGUUUUAUGCUGGGAUGAAGCUGACAAACCAGACAAUAUAUAUGGACAAGAAGACCAGCGCAUUUGUUGGAAUAACGACAACUGUCCCUCUUGGAUGCCGAUAUGCAACGUACUUAAAAGACCCUACACUUAUUUGUGAAGACGAACUGAAAAUAUUCGACCCAACUCCACAUAACUGCACAUUUGGGAAUAUCAGAACCAAAAGUCCGAGCAUGAAACCGUUCAAUCAGAAAUGUUCGUCCCCCAUCAAGAGUUUAAUCAAAGGUGACACCUUUGAUCCAGAUGUCAGCUAUUACUUUGAAAUUCAGACAACAGAUCACACCUAUAAUGACCACAGCAAGUUUAAUCUGAAACUGCAAUUUGGCAGUGAGGUGUCGCAUCGCAUAUGGAAAAACUAUACACUACCAGAUAUUCAGGUUAUUGUUGUAGACCCAUUGUUGGAGUACAAAGAUAAAAUCUGCUACUCGCGUAUGGAUCCCCAUCAUAGAACAUCAGAUGAGCACUAUUAUAGCAUGCAUCUUGAGGGUACAUUCAUGCUUUACAAACACACUGCGACUGGAAUAGAGGUUCAGAUAGUAACUACUUUAUGCAGGACAAAUGUGACAUGCAUUUGUGCUGUUGCAAUACGAGCAGGAAAGGACGUUUUCAUGAUCAAUGUUUGUGGAUUAGUCUAUUUCCUGGGAUUUACACAUUGUGGUGAAGGUGGAAUUUUGCAGAUUAUAAGAGUUCACGACCAUCUUUAUCAUGUUUAUACACCUAUUGGUACAAAAAUAGUACUCCGUCUGUGGAUGUGGCUGUACAUGUACAUUAAUGUGCACAUUACAAUGGCACCAAAAGACUUGGGAAAAGUAGUCGGAUUAUGCGGAUAUUUUGACAAUAACAAAACAAACGAUUUCAUGCAUAAGGAUGGAACAACUUCUCGUCUUGAUGGAAGCGAUGAUGUUUUUGCAAGUACCUGGAGAGUUGAAAACAACAAAAAUCUUUUUCGGACUUAUAGAAACCUUACAGCCUGGAGUAACGACAACAAGCUGUACUGUAUUUGCAAGAGCAAUAUUAGAGUUGCCGAAGCAUUCUGCUCGCCAUCACAAUACUUGGACUGUGAAAUUGAAGAGUUUGCUAUAACUAAACAACAGUGUACAGUUACAAAGACCCAGAAGAAGAGAAGUGUCAGAUUACGACAAGAUUCAGAUUAUGACAAUGAAUUAAAACGAUUACUGUCGUUGAUGUUACCAGUUAGAAAGCAUAAUAUCAUCAAACGUCGGGAUGAAGGAUCAGUUGUUACAGAAGAAGAAGCCAUGACCUUGUGCACCGAUAAAAUCAAUGGGUCACUGGCUAUGACGUCUUACAGUGAAGUAAGCGGUAAAGAAGACCCCAACGCUGUCGUUUCGCAAUGUGCUUUAGAUGUUCAGGUGACGAACGACAAAUCAAUAUCUGAGCUUCAUGUUGAAUCGGUGAACGAGAUAGUUAAAAUAAUUAUGGAUAAGGAGCCGGUUUAUGUUGCAACCAACAAAGAAAAAGUGGAUAUAUUUUACGAAAAUACGUGUCCAUUAAAUUGUAGCGGCAAAGGAAAUUGUUCAAAGACAAGUAAGUGUGAAUGUGAACAGUUUCUACAUGGUCCAGAUUGUUCAAUAGAUGAAAGGGAUCCACUAAGGAUAGAUGAUAUCGAAGGUGGUGGAUUGUGUGACAUAGCAGAAGGCGAUGAUUGUGCAUGUUUCUAUGUACGAUCUGAUAGGAUUCUUGACGGAUUCAGUUGUAACGUUAAUACUUCUAAGAUAUCUGUUAAUGGGAUCAGGACAAACGUGUCGUCAAAAUUACUCAAAGGAGAAUACAAAGAUAUAUUUACAGGACUAUGUUGUGUUCCUGAAAAUAUUGCAGGAAGGGAUAAUGUAUUUGUAUCAAAUUACAAUAUUUCAAUAAGCAACAACGGUGAACAUUUUGGAAAUGAGAAAAGCGUUUUUGUAUAUGAUUCAACAUGCCAGUAUUUAGAAGAAAGUUUGGACACUGGCAAGAAAUUCUCAUUAAAGGAUGGGCAUUGUUUUAUAGAAGGUUAUUGCUUUUCUGAAUAUGAAAUGUCAUUAUAUGGCUGUUUAGCGUGCGUACCACCAACUGCUAGAUACGACUGGUCAGAAUACAAUCCCUGUCAGAAUGGUGGCGUCUGCAGUAACAGAACUAUCGGAUAUACAUGCGAUUGUGUUGAUGGUUACGGAGGAAUGAACUGUGAAUCCGAAAUCGAUGAGUGUUUAUCAUCUCCAUGUCAAAAUGGCGGGAAGUGUACAGAUUUGUCCAAUGCAUAUUUGUGCGAAUGUCUGGACGGAUUUGCUGGUUUAAGUUGUGAAACUGAUGUGGAUGAAUGUGCUUCAAACACAUGUCAAAAUGGAGCUGUAUGUAUGGACCAAGUGAAUAUGUAUCAGUGUAACUGCUCUGCUGGAUACGAAGGACUAUACUGUGAAAUAGAUAUAGAUGAAUGCGAGUCCAAUCCAUGUCAGAAUGAUGGUACCUGUAACGAUCGUGUCAAUGAAUAUGCAUGUGAAUGUGCCCCAGGAUAUUUUGGCACCGAUUGUUCUACUGACACAAAUGAUUGUGAAUUAAACCCCUGCCAAAACGGGGGCUCCUGUGUUGAUGAAGUCAAUGGACGUCUGUGUAAUUGCAUAGAUGGAUAUGACGGCAUAAACUGUGAGCUAAACAUCGAUGAAUGUUCUUCUUACCCAUGUCAAAAUGGUGGUGUCUGCAAAGAUGAUGUUGCUGGCUACAACUGCGUCUGUUCCGCAGGUUAUGAGGGACCGAUAUGUGAAUUUGACAUCAAUGAAUGCUCUUCCAACCCAUGUCAAAACGGUGGUAUCUGUAAGGAUUACAGUGCUGGAUACAACUGCAUCUGUUCUCAAGGAUAUGUGGGUUCCUUAUGUGAAACUGAUAUCAAUGAAUGUUUAUCCAAGCCAUGUCAAAAUGGUGGUACCUGUAAGGAUGAUAUUGCUGGCUUCCACUGCAUCUGUCCAGAAGGUUAUAAGGGCCCCUUUUGUGAAACAGAUAUUAAUGAAUGCUCUUCAAAUCCGUGUCAACAUGGCGCAAGCUGUGAAGAUCAUGUCGCUGAGUACAGUUGCAAUUGUGCCGCUGGAUAUGGUGGAACUAUGUGUGAAACUAACAUCAACGAAUGUUCCUCAACCCCAUGUCUGAAUGGUGGAUUAUGCGAAGAUAAAGUAAACGGGUUUACGUGUUUAUGUGAUGCAGGUUUCUAUGGUGUUAACUGCGAUACAGAUAUCAAUGAUUGCGAGUCCAAUCCAUGUUUGAAUGGCGGCACGUGUACAGACCAAGUGAAUGGAAGAUUGUGUACUUGUCCCCCUGGAUAUGAUGGAACAAGUUGCGAAAUAAAUAUCAAUGAAUGUUCAUCAAAUCCCUGUCAACAUGGCGGUACUUGUAAAGACAGUGUUAACGAUUUUUCAUGUGUUUGUUUGCCUGGAUAUGGUGGUACUCAAUGCGAAAACGAUAUCAAUGAAUGUUCAUCCAAUCCAUGUGAACAUGGCGGCACUUGUGAAGAUAGUGUUAACGGUUAUUCAUGUACCUGUUUGCCUGGAUAUGAUGGUACUCACUGCCAAAACGAUGUCGACGAAUGCUCGUCGAACCCAUGUCAGAACGGCGGCACGUGUGUAGAUCUGGUAAAUAGUUUUACAUGCAAAUGUUCUGCUGGAUAUGAAGGUACAGCCUGUACAGAUGAUAUCAAUGAAUGUGACUCGGAGCCGUGCAGAAACGACGGAAUAUGUACAGAUAUUAUUAAUGGGUACACUUGUACUUGUGCAGAUGGAUAUGAGGGUGUUGACUGCAGCUUUGAUAUCAGUGAAUGUUCAUCCAAUCCAUGUCAACAUGGGGGUACUUGUAAAGAUAGUGUUAGCGGUUAUUCAUGUACCUGUAUGUCUGGAUAUGAUGGUACUCACUGCGAAAACGAUGUUGCCGAGUGUUCAUCUCGUCCAUGUCAAAAUGGUGGUACUUGUAAAGAUCUUGUGAAUGGAUAUGCAUGUGAAUGUGUUUUAGGAUUCGAGGAUUCAAACUGUGAAACAGAAAUAACCCCAGCAAGUACAGAGAAACCGUUGUCAAGAAUUGGACGGACACAAAUCGUUAUGGUGUUUGCUGUCAGUACAAAUAGUGUUAAUUUAACAGAUCAAGAUGUUAAUAAAACCUUUACAGAUAAGCUGAUGAAUUACUUUAUAACGACAAUGGGAGACAAUCUAAAGGAGAUAAUUAUACUUGGUUUAAGAUACGGGAGUCUGAUUAUUGAUUUCGAAGUAAAAUAUGUCAACGUUACAACUGCAAUAAAUGAUUUGGUAAAAGCCAGUAUAAAUCUCGUCAGUGGCGCUGAAACACUAGAACUUCUUACCGAGAAUGUUUCGGCAACAUCAGUCAAGAUAAAGGACGUAACUGUUACAAAUGAAACGUUCAAAGAUGAGAUAACCCUUUGUAAAUUGUACAUGUCAUUAAAUGGGUUAUGUGAGGACACACACCAGUGUUCAAUAAUUGAUGGGAAUCCUGUGUGCAUACCAAAUGAAGCCAAAUCUGGUGAAGCAGUGGACGUCGUUGUGGUGGUCUGUUCGAUAGUAGCUCCCGUCGUCGUUCUUGCAAUUGUAUUGGGUGUAAUAAUAGUCAAAAGGAAGUCAGAGAGUCAUGAGAGAUACUCUCCAAAUGAUGCAGAAUUACACGGACUUUAUGAUAACCCAUUACCAGUACAAGAUAUACAGUAUGUUCAAAAUAGACGUUGAAACUAUGGACAUCACAGUAAACAUUUGUUCUGCAGUAUGGCAAAAUACUCGUUUAGAAUUAUUUAUUUGAUUACUGGGAUGGAUGGAAAAGGAAAUCCACUGUACCUAUCUAGUUAUUUACGAUGUAUCUUUGGAAUGAAAUAAAUAUCCUCGGAUGACCAAACUGCGCCACUCUAAGCUUUAACUGUAAACGUUAUAUAACUAAAAGAUAUGAGACAAUUAUAGUUCACUUACCAGUUAUGUAAAUCAAAUUUCCAUCGAUUCAUUCAAAAUUCAACAAAAUACUGAAGUAAAUAAAUGCUCUGUCUUCUCAAAAGUUCAGUCAGUCAGUAAACUUCCGCCAUAUUGUUUUGUGCCUAACUCCGCCCCCAGUGUGACGUCAUGCGUAAUAUCAGCAGUCUCGUGAAAUUUACAAUAUUUAAGGCAAAACUUAGUAAUGUUAUUAGUUUCUGAACAAUUGUACAAAAGUAACUUCAAAACACUAAACUGUUUAAACUGUUAUAACUGUGUAUUUUUAUACAAUUUAUUCCUCCUUAUCACAGUGGGGACAUAAAAAUUUGUCACCCUUCCUAAUCACUCUGACAGGAGUACAAUAGAUUAAAUGAACCCAAUGCAUGCAUGGAAGGUCAUUUCUCAUCCCAUCACACUGUGCCCACUUUGCAAACACCAGAGAGACACUUUUAGAUAGCUCAGUAGGCGUGAUCUUUUCACAUACACAGCACAGUGACUGUUCAUCAUCAGAGUCACUGUCACAGCUGGGGAUGUCGGGCAGUAAGUUAAUGUGUGAUGGUCCAGGUUGAUGUUCCAUAGCAGGUGACACUUUUUUUGUUUUUAAUUUCUUCUUUUUAUCAUUACAUUGAGUCUUUCCUGACUGCUUUCUCUUUGAUCCAUUUCCUUUACUUUCAUGGUCCUUCAUCCUGCUUAUAACUUCAUCAGUUACUUGCUUUCCUGCCACAAUCUUACUCAUAGUUUUUCUUGUUUUUCUCUCCUUCUCACAUUUUAUGUUUAUUAGCUGAGAUUCCUUCCUAGCAAAUACUUCAAAGGGAUCAACAGACUUGUCCUGCACCUCAGCACAAUCAUCAACUUCAAUGCCCCCUUCUACAGUGGCCUGGCUGUCAUUUUCAUCUGCUUCUUGGACGUUAUUAGGCUUGUAUACUUCUGCUGGUAUAAGCGAUUCAGCUGGAAUGGCAUCUUUGUCCAAUGGAAAAAUACCAGUACGUUUGAAUGCAGACUGAGCAUUUUCUGAAGAUAAGGCCUUUGUAUAUACACGGCAUGCUACCUCACAUACAUUGUAGAGGGUCAGAGUCGCUUCCGUCUGCCGCAUCAGCUUGUGACAUUCUGAAUUGAAGAUACGUUCGAAAGGACCGUAGCAAGAAACAUCAAGGGGUUGAAGAGUGUGGCUUGUAUGUGGGGGAAGAUAGAAAAAUAUGAUGCCAUUCUCCUUAGCCCACUCACAGAUACCCACAGAAACAUGUGACUUAUGGCCGUCUAAAAUCAACAGCACUUUUUGGUUUUCGCGCCCAGGAAUGAACUUCACAAAAUGAUUCAUUAAAUAAUGUCUGAAAAUAGCUUGGUUGGACGAGCCAGAUUCACUGACCAUUGCAUCUGCUUCCGGGGAUUUUCCGUCAAGAAGCUUUGGGUUCAUUCGUUUCCCUGGAAAAACAAAAAAUGGUGGUAUGGAAGCACCACUUGCACUGAUACAUCCUAGAACAGUCACAGUCUUUCCGCGGCCAGAUGUCACAGCUGGGGGGCAGUGUGAAGAACUUCCAACUAUGUGGGGUGGUUUAUGCUCUGUAGUUAUUCCCUUCUCAUCCAAAUUAUAGAUAAGAUGAGGCUUGUCUGUUAAGGAAUGUUCUUCAAGACAUUGUUUUAGGUUUUCAAAGUAUGUAGAUACAGUACUGUCUGAUGCCAUUCUUGCUCUAGAAUAUUCUAAAUUUCUAGGUUUUAGAACUCGCAGUUCCGGCCAUCGGUUGAGAAACCCCCGUAUCCACUUUAGUGACAAUGAUUCAUCUUUACGUCGCUUACCAAGUUGUACUGCAAGAUCGAAUGCCAAAUUCACACAUUCCUGGCGUGUGUAACCAUACCCAUAAUUUGCCAUUGUUUUAAUGUGAUUAACAAGCUUGGCUUCCUCCAUAAAUGAGAACAAAGGGGGUUUCCCAGUGGUCACAGUAUCAGGAUGCACUUUUCCAUUUAACCUGUCUCUGAGAGUAGUGCGUGGCACAUUAAAUAACCGAGCUGCUGUUUUAACUAGCAUGUUAUUCUCUAUGCAUUCCUGGUAUGCUUGGACAAGUGCAUCUGGUGAAUAAUUCCUAUUAGUACGCCUGAUCUUUUGAGGUUUGGGCUGAAAAUAGAGGGAAAAUGAAAAAAAAUCACUAACAGUACCAGGGACGAAAAACUAUUAAUUAAAAUAAGCUUGGCCUUAAAAUUAAUAUAAAGUCACGUGACUUUCAUUCAUAAAAAUGUAAACAUUGCAGACGUAGCGUCCUGGAUAUUUUUACCUCUACGUUUUGUGUGAAAAAAAGGGAAUUAGAAGGUAAGUUAUUUUGCAUUAAGAAAAAACACAUAAAAACAGUUGGUGGAGAUAAAAUUUGCAAUAUUUACCUGUUUGUGCCGCAUUUUGGCUUGAUUAUUUCUUCAUCGGAUUUACUACGAUAUAGUUAAAAAAAAUUCUCACGGUCACUCUCGCGCGUGGUAAAGUCUCGCGUUAUUACAAGAAAAACAAACAAGAUGGCGCAGUUUGGUCAGUGGCGCAGUUAGGGCAUCCGACGAUAUAUAGGGCAUAUCAAACUAAAGUAAAACUAGAAGCAGAGCUUUAUAAGACAAGUUGGCCGACACUAGAAAUGUGCGUAAGAACGGAACGGAGUGUUUUAUACAUUUGUCAAAAGAAUGCGUUUAAUAAACUUUCUAACAUGGCACAAAUUGAUUUCCAGUUAAACAAAGAAGAAAAUCAAACGCAAUCCUGCGAUAAAUAACGGUUGACGCACGGACCGGUAAGAGAGCAUUAUGACGUCAAUUUUAACGUCAUGUAGCCACCUGACGUCCGAUACAUUACUCCUCGCGUAAAUGAAUUCCAGCAUAAUAUCUAUUGAAAUAUAUCAACGUGCAUGUCAGAAUGAAAACAAUCAAGGCCUUCUUGUGAUUUAUCAUCUAAUUUACCACGGUUCAUCGUUCAGAUGCUUCAUUAUUUAAUUUAUUCAAUUCCUACGCAUCUGAACUCUGAACCGUGGUAAAUUAGACGAUAAACAACACGAAGGCCUUGAUUAUUAAAUAACAUAUGUCAGCACGUGUUAUAAGGAUAUGCUGAGAAAAAAGAGGUCUUGCACCCUAUGUAAAUCGAAUUUCUUUAGGGGCGUGUGGGGGAAAUAAGCAUGUGUAUGGUUAAUAAAUAACUGACCUACACAGAACUCAACUUGUUAGACAGGAGUGUGUAGAAAAUAUUGCCUACACAAAGUCAAUUUAUAAAACAGGUGUACAAGACAGAAAAGUUAGGUAUUAAUUUUACGAAUAUGCUUAGUAACAUAUUGUACCUUGUAAGUGAUUAUGUGACAGUUUUGAAGCUGUACUUUCACAAAUUGCGCCACAUUUUCAUUAUCUUAAUUUAUUGUUACAGACAAAUGGCAGCAUCAUUGUAUUCCAUCAUUGCAUCAGAUUACAUAAUUUAAAUAAUUAACAUACAAUUCUUUAGUUUUCAAUUAAAUAAUCACCAGCUAUAUUGUUUAAUGGCUGGCACGAUGUGAUGGAGUUCCAUCAAUAAUACAUUAUAUGGCUCAGGUUUUUCAUUAAAUCAUGACUGUUUAAAUCACUAUGUGUAUAGCGAAACAUACUGCAAUAUGGGACAAUUCUUGAUAAUUACUGCCACAUUUCGUAUACAUUUUAAGUAUAAUUGCAAUUAAUCCUACUGUAAAGCAUUUUCCAUUCGAAACGCAAACUACCUUGAGUUUUCCGUCUGUAUCAUAAUGUGAAAAACAUAUUUCAUCAACAUCAAUGUGUGUUUGUCUUGUAUUCUUAACAGUAAAAUUUUGUGAUGUCAGAUAAUGGUUACAAAGAUUUGGGAUUGUAUAGAAAUGUAAAAUUUAAUCCAGAUAAGAGCUUAGUCGUAUCCAUUAUCUUCAUUGUUAUGAAUGUGUCAGGAAGUGUCAGUUUGACGCAACCAAGGGGGAGGUUUCUUUAGGUAAAUUUAUUUAUCGUAAAAAUUUCUGGGAAACUGUCAACAUUGCUGUUGCGAAAGGUGCCUAUUUUGGCUGUGAAAGCGGUCAUGAUGGCACUAGCUGUUUUCUGAAAAUUAGUUCCAGUGUAGAGAUAUGUAUGGCCACAUAUCGGGAUUUAUAAGAAAACCAAUGAACACGCAUUUGCUUAAAGUGAAGUCUGGUAUAUUUGCCAAACACUUGAAAAAGAAUACCAAUAGAAAAUGUUCCCAUUCCUAAAUAUAGAGCGGUUGGAAACACGAUAACAUUUCAGAAUCCAGUAGAAAUGUCGUCGGAGUAUGAUGUGUUCGUUUUUCCAAAUGCAGUCGAGGAAAAUUGCAACCGAGUAGACGAAGGUGAGGGGUACCGAGGGUCUGAAAUUAAGAUAUUCCCGGUCUCAUUUCGUAUCGUUUGCAUAUACAAACACAAGUGAACCGACAGUCCACCAUCAUUCAAAUUUCACUUGGCAUGGAAACAUCUCCUUCAUUCGAUGCAAUAGUGUGUGACCGUUUUAAAUAAAAACGGCAAACAAGCAACUGGGAUUAAAUACUAAUUAUGUACAGUAUUUUAUUGGUAUAGAAAUAGAGCAAACAUUAUCAUACAAACCAGCUAAAUCAAAACUAAGCAAACAUCAAUAAAAUAAUGCAGCAAAAUAUCAAUGCUAUACUUCUUUUCCAUAUGAAAGUGGUCUAAUAUUUGUUCUGCGCAGUAUGAGAACGAUGGACCGUUCUGGAAUUGUCCUGUGUAGCUCAUUACAGAAAUAAAGAUCACACGUACCUCUGUCUCUUUCAAAAACACAAAGCCUUUGUUUUUUUAAAUCUCUAUCUAGUUUAUCUAUAAAAAAUCAAAAGCUCAACAGCUGAAAACGUAUUCUGCGGGACGCAUUGUCUAAUUUACAUAGUUUGUUCUUAACCCGUCAAUAUCAUUACAAUUAUUUGACUCCUUUGUAGGAUCCAUUCUAAAUUACGCAUGUCCGGUCUGGGGUUUUACUAAAUCAAAGGAGAUAGAACGAGUACACCUAAAAUUCUGCAAAGCCAUAUUAGGUGUUAAGCUAAGUACAAGUAAUGCUGCUGUAUACGGGGAAUUAGGGAGGUACCCGUUAUUCAUAACUAGAUAUAUACAAAUAAUUAAGUACUGGUUCAAACAAAUCACCACCGAUAAUAUCAUAUUGAAAAAUAUAUAUCUGAAUGCCUGUAGCAAAUGUGAUAACGGCGCUAAUAACUGGGCCAGUAAGGUAAAAAAGUUUUUGCAUAAUCUAGGAUUUGCUGAAGUAUGGGAUUUCCCCCAAAGUGUUGAAAUAAAUUUAUUUUUACCGAUAUUCAUGCAAAGAUUAAUAGAUUGUUACUUGCAGCAGUGGCGUACUGACAUAAGAAAUAAUAGCGUGUUAACACAUUUAUAUUUUUAUAUUAAAGAAGAUUUCUGCUUUGAAAAAUACCUCAAACUAUUUCAAAGUAAAACUUUCAGGUCUGCUUUGACGCGACUUCGUGUAUCUGCUCACAGGCUCCGUAUUGAGUCUGGGAGGUAUGGUAGAAACCGUCUAGAACGUCAUGAAAGAAUAUGUCAGUUUUGCGAUUUAAACGAUGUCGAAGACGAGUACCACUUCAUUUUGAAGUGUAAAGCAUAUGAGCAAUUAAGAAGUCAGCUUAUUAAACGUUAUUAUUAUACACGCCCUAGCAUGUUCAAGUUUACGCUAUUGUUACAGUCCAAAAACAAGUCCAUCUUACUUAAUUUAUGUAAAUUUAUUGUAAAAGCAAAUAAUAGUCGAAAUGAACUAUCUACUCACCUGUAGAUUACCAGUUAGCAAAUAGAGUAAAUGUAUUUUAAGAGAACUUUUAUAUUUCCUAUAUGAUUAAGCAUCUCACAGAGUUUAAAUUGGAAAACAUAUCUCAUUUUCGCUUUAAUUCUGUUCAUUCUCCACUUUGUAUGAUGAAUUAAGGAUUAAGUUAAUAGCUUCUAAAUACUUCUUCUUUUUCAGCUCAGCACAUUUGUAUUGCUUUGAUGGAAUUUUGUCUCUAUUUUGUAUUGCAAAAGUUUUCCAUAUGUGUUGUCAUAAUAUUAGCCAGUUUCAUUGUAUGCGUGACCUCUAAAAUUGUAUUAUG